AUGGCUCCAACUACAACCACCAUUCCCUACUCUCUGUCCAACUACAACCACCCCCAUCUCUCCAACUACCAUUUCUCUCUGUCCAACUACAACCACCCCAUCUCUCCAACUACCAUUUCUCUCUGUCCAACUACAACCACCCCCAUCUCUCCAACCAUUUCCUCUCUGUCCAACUACAACCACCCCAUCUCUCCAACUACCAUUCCCCUCUGUCCAACUACAACCACACCCAUCUCUUCCACUACCAUUCCCCUCUGUCCAACUACAACCACCCCCAUCUCUCCAACUACCAUUCUCUCUGUCCAACUACAAACCACCCCCAUCUCUCCAACUACCAUUCCCUCUGUCCAACUACAACCACCCCCAUCUCUCCAACUACCAUUCCCUCUGUCCAACUACAACCACCCCUAUCUCUCCAACUACCAUUCCCUCUGUCCAACUACAACCACAUCUCUCCAACUAUCUCUCCAACUACCAUUCCCACUACCUCUGUCCAACUACAACCACCCCCAUCUCUCCAACUACCAUUCCCUCUGUCCAACUACAACCACCAUCUCCCCAUCUCUCCAACUCUUCCAUGUCUGUCCAACUACAACCACCCCCAUCUCUCCAACUACCAUUUCUCUCUGUCCAACUACAACCACCCCCAUCUCAACCCCUCCAACCAUCUCUCCUCUGUCCAACUGCAACCAACUCCAAACCAUUUCUCUGUCCAACUACCAUUCCAACUCUGUCCAACUACUAUCUCCAACUACCAUUCCCUCUGUCCAACUACAACCACACCCCAUCUCUCCAACUACCAUUUUCUGUCCAACUACAACCACCCCCCAUCUCUCCAACUACCAUUCCCCUCUGUUCAACUACAACCACCCCUAUCUCUCCAACUACCAUUUCUCUCUGUCCAACUACAACCAUCUCAUUCUCUCCUACAACCAUCCCUAUCUCUCCAACUACGAUUCCCCUCUGUCCAACUACAACCACACCCAUCUCUUCCACUACCAUUUCUCUCUGUCCAACUACGGACCGCCUCCGUGGUGGUGCUGUUCGACGGAAUUCCUGAAUGCUGCUGGCUUUGCUGCGUUGGGACGAAUGACUAACAGUAUAAUUAACAGACGAUCGUAUGAGUCACAGGCUAAUCUUGAAUAA